AUGGCAUCAAAGAAGGCGAAGCAGGUGGCGGUCGACUUACUUGGGCAGUCCCAGAAAUAUGUGCAGGAAAGAUUGGAGAGGGAGAAGACAGAAGAGGGGAGGAAGGAAAGGGACAUCAUUGGCUUGAUCUUGAGGGACGAUCAACAUGAGAAGGACCCGUUGGCGGAAGAGGAGAUCUAUACUAUGUCAGUCACGCUGGUCGGCGCCGGCAGUGAGACAACCUCGGCGGCGCUUACUGGGUUGAUGUACUAUCUUGUGCAGGAUCCGGGCACGCUGAAGAAGUUGACUGCUGAGGUGAGGGACGCUUUCAAGACCUCCGAGGACGUCACUGUGAAAGGGGUCGCAAAAUUACCGUAUCUGAAUGGUGCGGUAGAAGAGGGUCUGCGGCUCUUCAUCCCAGCACCAUCGUUACCGCCAAGGGUGAGCCCUCCUGGCGGACAUACAGUGAACGGUGAAUGGAUUCCAGGCGGCGUCAACAUGGUUAUGGCCAAUUACCACAAUUCGCACUCGGAUCAAUACUUCUCUGAAGCCGAGAGAUUCAGGCCAGAGCGAUGGUUGCCUCGAGAUGCUGGCGGGACCGACGGCCUUCAUGUUAAGAAUGCGUAUCAAGCCUUCAGCUAUGGGCCCAGAAACUGUGUCGGGCGAUUACUGGCUCACACGGAGCUGCGGCUUAUACUAGCAAAGAUGGUCUAUGAUUUCGACAUCGAGCUUGCUAACGAGGUGACAGAAUGGCUUGAGUCGGCCAAAUUCUUUAUCGCGUGGGAGAUGAAGCCAUUGUUGCUCAAAUUCAAGCCGAGAGUUUGA